AAAAUGAAAUGUCAGUACGAAUUCAAUCGUUGUUAAUAUACAGUACGCUUGUUUCAUUUUAUUUAUGUAAUGGAAACUAUGCGGGAGAUACGAAUGAAUUUGUUGGUAGUGUGCGAAACUUGAGUGUAACAGUUUUACAAGAUCCGAAAUAUGUAGGAAAGCAAAAUGCAUAUAAAUAUUUAAGAUUGAAUAUAUCUUGGUUACCACCAGACAGCGCUAGGCAGCCUUCCUCUUACAGUGUUAUAGUCACAGGCAUACCAAUAAGGGAGAGAACAAGUAUCACAGAAUGUCCAGAAGGAUCACUUUUCUUUAUAUUGAAAGACAGUACAAAACAUAAUGUAGUGCUUCCUGAAUACAACGAUUUAUUUGAUAUUGCAGAUCUGUAUAUACAACUCAAUUGUUCUUAUAAAGUGCAAGUUCUGGCAAAUCCAAGGUCAAAAUAUAUAGUAAAUACACCUGAAGUUCUUUAUACAGUUCCUGAAUGUAUAGAUCAUUUAUGCAGUUGUGUUAAUGCCAAAACAACACUGCCGAUUCCAAAAGUAAACAUUUCUCGAAAAGAAAAUGAAAUUAUCGUAACUUGGAGCACAACUUCUAACACAUCCAAUAUUCAGUAUUAUACAAUUAGCAUUGGUGUACCAAUUUUUAUAUCAAAGAAAGGACUGCCUGUUUAUAAUAUGACAAAACUAGUACAAGUACCUGUAGAUAAAACUGUAUUUUCAUGGGAUUUAAAAGUCAAUAACCAGUAUAUAGAAAUUAAAAAUGGUUAUAAAAUAGCAGUUAAUGCUGUUAAUCAUCAUGGGUGCUCUGGACUAGAGGGAGAUACUAUUAUACAUUUCAUAUCAUCAGCAAAUCACAAUAUAUGGUUUAUACUAAUUGGAAUACUAACCAGUUGUAUUCUAUUUGGAAUUGUAAGUUUCUUAUUGUAUCGUAACUAUAACUUCUUUAUGGUACAUAACAGCAGUAAGUCUGGAGUAUGCACAAUUUCUGAAUGUAAAUGUAAAUGGACAAAAGCAAUACUACAGAAGUUCAACAUUUUGUAUAUUAAAUACGAAUCAGAGGAAGGAUAUAUGGAAGGGACAGAUAAUUUGAAAGUGGCAUUCAGAAAUGUAAAAUUAAUACGUGAGCUGGGUACUGGACAGUUUGGAAAAGUAUAUCUUGGUCAAUUAGAUGAUAAAAACAAUACUUCAGUUGCUGUAAAAAUGUCUCAACAAAUAGAUAUAUCCAACAAUUUUGAAACCCAGCAGGAAUUUAUAAAAGAAAUUGAAAUAAUGAGAAUGGCUGGAAAUCAUCCUCAUUUAGUAAGCCUCAUAGGUUACUGUAUUAAACCCACACAACCAACAUGUAUCCUGCUUGAAUAUAUGCAAGGUGGAAAUCUAUUAACUUACUUGCAUGAUCAAAGAAAGCAACAAAUUUUGUAUGAUACUGUGUAUUCUGCUAUAGAGAAUGAAACAAAUAAUUACAAACCUGGACAAUAUACAAAUAUUACCAAUAAUUGGAGAGAAGAAAUUGAUGUUUCAGAAGCUUUGUAUUCUAUGUGUUCAACGAUACAGAACACAAUGAAUAGUUACAAAUAUAGGCAAUAUAUGAAUAUUAUCAACAAUUGUAAAGAAGAAACAGAAUAUAGAAAAGAAAAUUGGAUUGGUAGAAUAAAAGGACAUCAAUUUCUAAAAUUUGCCACAGAAAUUGCUAUGGGCAUGGAACACUUGGAAGCUAAAGGAAUUACUCAUAGAGAUCUUGCAGCAAGAAAUAUUCUUCUUAGUGCAGAUUUCACUGCCAAGAUUUCCGACUUUGGGCUUUCUCGCAAUAGUGCGUACGUGAUAAAAGAUAUUGGGAAAAAAACACGUCAUCUUCCAAUUAGAUGGAUGUCUCCAGAAGCUUUGCAUAACUUAGCCUUCUCUUCAAAAAGUGAUGUAUGGUCUUAUGGAGUAGUACUUUGGGAAAUUAGUACAUUAGGUGCGUUUCCUUAUGCAAAUGUACAAGAUGAUCGCCUAUUUCGUUAUAUUGUUCACGAGAACGGUCGUUUAGAGCAACCAGACAAUGUUCCUUUGAACAUUUACAAAUUAAUGCAUUCUUGUUGGGCUACAGAAUGUGAGAACAGACCAAAUUUUACGCAGUUGCUCUCUGAAUUACGAAUUCUAACCUCAUAUUCCAACAAUUCUUUCUGGACAAUGUCUAAUCCCUGUUACGCAUUACCAUUCUCAGACAAUAUUGCAUAACAUAAUUUGUUUUUUAAAUAUUCAAAAGAACAAAUAUUCCGAAAAAUGAAAAAUAUAUAUUUAUGUAAAAAGAA